AUGGAGUUGCUGGGCCUGGUGCUUUCCGGAGACUCAAGCAACGGAAGCGCACCCGAGGAAAAACCGAGAUCCGUUGACCGCGAGCUGCUGAACAUGACCGCCGAGGAGCUGCGUACGAGAUACCUGGGCCCUCGCCGCUCGGGUUUCUUCGUCCCCGUCUGCACCACCUACCUGCUCAUUUUCGCAGUGGGGGCCGUGGGCAACAUUAUAACCUGCGUGGUCAUCAUCCGGCAUCGCUUUAUGCGGACGCCCACCAACUACUACCUGUUCAGCUUGGCCGUCUCGGACCUGCUGGUGCUUCUCCUCGGCAUGCCGUUGGAGCUCUAUGAGAUGUGGAGCAACUACCCCUUCCUCUUAGGGGCCGGGGGCUGCUGCUUCAAGACCCUGCUCUUCGAGGCCGUCUGCUUUGCCUCCAUCCUCAACGUGACGGCCCUCAGCGUGGAGCGCUACAUCGCCGUGGUCCACCCUCUGAAGGCUAAGUACAUGGUGACCAAGAAGCACGCCCAGAAGGUCAUUGUCACAGUGUGGCUCUUCUCUGUUGUCUGUUCCAUCCCCAACACCAGCCUACACGGGAUACAGACCCUCUACGUGCCCGGAUGGGGGCCGGUUCCCGACUCGGACACCUGCACGCUGGUGAAGUCUCCCGUGGUCUACAACCUCCUCAUCCAGCUCACCACCAUCCUCUUCUUCUUCAUCCCCAUGGCCGUCAUCAGCGUCCUCUACCUGCUCAUCGGGUUGCAGCUACGGAAGGAGAAGCUGCUGGAGGCGCUGGAGGCCAAAACCGGAAGCCGCUCGGACCACUGGAGUGCCCAUCUCCAGCAGAAGAAAGCACGCCGGAGGCAGGUGACCAACAUGCUGUUCAUGCUAGUGGUCGUGUUUGGCAUCUGCUGGGCUCCCUUCCACACCGACCGGCUCGUCUGGAGCUUCGUCAGUCACUGGACGGACGCAAUGCAGCGCAUGUUCCAGUACGUCCACGUCUUCUCGGGGGUCUUCUUCUACCUAAGCUCGGCCGUCAACCCCGUCCUCUACAACCUGAUGUCCAGCCGCUUCCGCGAGAUGUUCAAAGAGGUCAUGUGCCACCGGCGGCCCCGCAAGUGGGGCUCCCACAAGCGCUCGCCCAGCAGCAUGCGUACCACCGUGCGCAGCACCGAGUUGGAGCACCUGCCGGGAAGCCACGGGCUGCCACUGUCUGACCUGGAGAACAACGAGGCAGCCCCUGCGGGAGGCAACGUGGACGAAGGAGAAGAGCCGUAUCUCUGA